AGCAGCCGUUACGCUGCGUAGGUCCUUGUGCCGCUGCUGAAGUCAGGCACUACAUCGGCUGCUCUCGCUCACACGCGCUUUGUUAGUGACCCAUUGUCUGCUCUCUGAGCCGCGUGUUUACCUCCAGACCUCCCGGCGGAGUGGUUUCACCCGCAGGUUUCGAACCAAAAUGGCAGUGGGCUUGACCCAGCUGCUUGUAUCUGGAGUGUUGCUGUGUGGGCUACUGCUCCACUCAGUGUCCCAGCAUGGAGCCAGUGUUCACGAUAAGAAGCCCAAUUUCAUCAUCGUACUGACAGAUGAUAUCGGCUGGGGCGACCUGGAUGCUAAUCAGCCUGAAGAGAAAGCCAACAACACACCUUGCCUCAACCUGAUGGCACAGCAAGGACUAAGAUUCACAGACUUCCACUCUCCAGCCUCGACAUGCUCUCCGUCCCGUGCUGCUAUCCUGACAGGCCGCUAUGGCCUGAGAAAUGGGGUGACUCAUAACUUUGCAGUGAAUUCUGUAGCCGGUCUGCCUCUGUCUGAAGUUACAUUGCCUCAGCUACUGAAGAAGGAAGGAUAUUACACCGCUAUGAUCGGGAAAUGGCAUCUCGGACACAAUGAACCAUACAGUCCAACUAACAGAGGUUUCGACUACUAUUUAGGUAUUCCCUACAGUAAUGAUAUGGGCUGUACUGACAUGCCAGGAUACAAUCUGCCCCAGUGUCUCCCCUGUGACCCAUCUGGACCUCAAGUAAUCAGAUUGAAGAGGAGCGUACAUGGAGGCUGUUAUUCCAAGCUGGGCCUUCCUCUGAUUGAAAACAGCAGUAUUGUGGAGCAGCCGCUUGACCUGUGGACGCUAACAGAACAAUACAAAUCUGCUGCGCUUAGGAUUAUCCACAAUGCAAGGGAGCGAGGUCAGCCCUAUUUUCUCUACAUAGCACUGGCUCACAUGCACGUCCCCUUGGCCCCGCCGCUCUCUCCAGAUGCCCCUAUCACCACCACUCACACUGAUGAAGUGUACGCUGCCAGUCUGCGAGAGCUGGACAGUCUGGUCGGGGCGGUGAAGGUUGCAUCUGAUGACACGGACAAAGACAACACUCUCAUCUGGUUCACUGGUGACAACGGUCCUUGGGAGCAGAAGUGCCAGUAUGCAGGGAGUGUAGGACCUUUCGCAGGAAAAUGGCAGACCAGCAAAGGUGGAGGUUCAGCUAAACGAACCACCUGGGAGGGAGGUCACAGGGUGCCAACAGUGGCUUACUGGCCUGGAAGGAUCCCUGCAAACACAACCAGCUCUGCCUUGCUCAGUGGUAUGGACAUCUUCCCAACGCUUCUGUCCCUGGCAGGGGUAACUCCCCCAUCAGACCGACGUUAUGAUGGCAUUGAUGCCACAAACAUCCUCCUGCAUCAUGAACAGACAGGUCGUGAGUUUCUCUUCCAUCCUAACAGUGGUGCUGCAGGGAGGUAUGGUGACUUACAGACCGUUCGAACUGGGAAACACAAAGCUUUCUACAUCACAGGUGCAGCGGAGGCAUGUGGUGGUGGAACAGGCAGGCAGCAGCUCCAUGACCCGCCGCUGAUAUUUGACCUGGAGCGUGACGUGGCAGAGGAAACACCCCUGCAGGCUGAGUCACCUGAAUACCAGGCGGUGGCAGAGAGGAUCGCCCGCAAGAGGGAGGAGCUACUGUGGGACAUCGCCACAGACAAGUCAGUGUCCACAGCAGAUUACAGCACGGACAAGUCAGCAGCGCCCUGCUGUGAUCCAAGACAGGCUGUUUGCCGAUGCCGCACGCUGGGCUGAGGGUGGGAAGACACACACUCACACAAAGGGCUGAUAAGAGAAGCUCACAGAUGGAAGCAAACAGAUGUGGAGACAAAUAUCUCCACUGGAUGAGCUCAGCAGUUUGUUUGUAGAAGGCGAUGGAAAGUUCAAUGUCCAGAGGCAGCAGGAGACGUGCAAACAAGAGGAGAGGUCAAGGAGAUGCAGGCAGAUGAACUCUGACCAGUUUGUAGAGAUGUGACUGAUGUCAUUUUCUGUGAGAUCAAUAGUUUGGGAAGAAAUAACAGUCAGAUCAUUAAGAUUUUGCAGAGACAGGUUUUAGCAUUUUAGCUCUACACUACGACAGUGGAUUUGAGAUGAUGCAUUUAAGUUGUGAUUAAAGUGUAUAGUUUCAGCUUAAUUAACAAUUUAGGAAUUACAGACAAAGAAAGUAACAAACAAUCAUCUAGAGCCCACUGGCAUCACCAAAUGCCUCCCUUUGGAUGAGUUUUCAGUCCUUUUCAUUCAGUUUCUUUGCUGUAAGAAGCUCUUAGGUGCCUUCACUGUAUUUUUCGGCUCAUUAUCUAUCUCUACUGUGAAACACCAUCCCAUCAGUUCUGCAGCAUUUGACUGAAUUUGAACAGAAAGUAAAGGUCUAUACACUGCAGAGUUCCUCCUGCUGCUUCUAUCAGCAGUCACAUCAUCAAUAAACACCAGUGACCCAGUUCUACUGGCAGCCAUACAUGCACAUACCAUAACACUGCCUCCCCCAUGUUUGACCGAUGACAUAAUCGGUUUGGAUCUGUUGCCCUUCCCUUCCUCCUCAACACUGUUUUCUUACUGUCAUUCUGGCACACGUUCAUCUUGAUUUCACCUGUCUGGAGAGUCUUUUUCCAAAACUGGGCAAGCCACUGUCGAGUCCCAUUGUCAGCGAAUGAUGGGACCCGCCAGAAUGUGCUGAGAAUCUCUCCAGAGUCUCUACCCUAAACUCAUUCUCUCUUUCACUGGUAUCCUCUUCUGGCCUAUUCUAUUCUAUUCUAUUCUAUACUGUCAAGACAUCACAAUUAUGGUGCUCAGUACUGUUUGUUUAAUUAUUUAUUUAUUGAAUCUCUUUCUCUUUUGUGUUGGUUUUCUUUUUUUAAUUUAUUUUUUUUCUUUCUGUUUUAUUGAUGGGCAGUUAGUAGUUGGGAAUAAUACACCACCUUACAAUCUUUAAUUGUAAUAGCACCGCCUGUUAAUUUCUAUCCCUGUUCAUCCUGUCCACUCUUUGUUUCCCCCACACAUCACUGAGGUGUAGCACUGCCCUCCCUGGCUUAUAAUAGGGAAUUCUAAUAAAGAAUAUCUGCUUAGCUUUCAGGGAGGGCUGGUGAUGGUCACACACAUGCACUAAAUAUUAAAAUAUUUGGCUGCAAGACUAAAAUAUGCAUCAAUCUCAUACAAUGUUGACACCUCUUUUGUGGAGUUAAACAAUGAGAACAAAUGCAGACAAAAAAUUUAAAAAAAUACCCAGAAACUGCUUGGGGUUCAAAGUGUUAAUUUGUUAUUAAAUAACAAGGAAGCUGGCCACAAUUGGUCAUGACCCUGAUGUCCAAUUACUUUAGAGGCUGUGAAAAUGAAGAGACUGCAUAAAUAAUGGCUAAUACAUUUUUCCGCAUGAUUUUAUGCUGCAAGUCUACAUUUUGAUUCCUUCUUUUUAAAUCUGUUGGUGGCAUACAGAAGGAAAAUUAAGAAAACUAUGUCACCAUCCAAAACGUAUAGACACCUAUUUAUGUAACUAAAGCCACAUUGUUUGAUGCACAAUUUAAGUUUCAGGGAACAAGGAGCACACAAAUGGAGCUUUGUUAUUAUUUUGUUGGACUUUUGAUGAGAUUUAAUACAGUUUUCAAAUAUUAACAGUGUAAAUUAUGUUUGUUUGGAAAAUCAAACCCACAUCUUACACAUGUUGAGUCACUUCUCAGGUUUAAUGAGUCUCUGGUGUCAAUGUCCAGUAAUUGAACAGCUCAAUGCAGCUUAAGGGUGUCCUAACAGCGCCACCUUUUGGCAAAUCACAUGGCAUUACUAUGUUACUUAUUACAACAGUACUAUAUAGAAAUGUUAUAUAUACAUUAUACACACAGUAAAAAUCUUCCAUAUAUAUUUACGCAUGGUAAGUCUAUGUGUUGAUGUGUAAUACUUCAAAUGUUUUGCAUACAUCAAUGUAAAAAUAAGAAUGACUUACAUGUUAACAUAUUCAGCAUCAUGUAGUAAAUAAAAAGGUCUUCAGGGUGAAAGUCAAGGACCUGUAACUUAGUCAGGCUUUUCACAUUUAGCUGCUGACUGCUCCUCCCACAGAGCUUCCAAACAUACUAUCAGGUUACAUUUGUGACUCUGCAGGUUUCUUAGUCUCAUCUAUUGCUACCAUAAUUAGCCUCACAGCUGCAUCUGCAAGUCAUAUGAUACUUGCAGCACGUAUCGUGAUUUAAAUAGUGUAUCACACAAUAUGUUUUCCUUCUCGAGCGAACCGCCGCUUCUCUCGCUUGAGGUAUGACGCAUUUAAUGCCCAUUGAUAAGAAGAAUUCCUGGGGCCUGAUGGACAGAAAUACGUGAAUGAUCGAUCUUAACAUGUCACGUUGGUUUGUUGAGAAGCUGCUCAGGUUGAGUUUGACGCAUCUCAACAGCAUUCUUGUGAAUCUGACCCCUGGUUACUCUACAUCAGCAGCAGGCCCGACUUGUCUUCUCUCCUUAUUAUCAGUCAUUUCAUUGCUACCAUGAUCAUAAUCUGUUGGGACAUAUACAGUAUACAGACAUAUGUACUGUCCAACAACAACACACACUGUAUGCUCAACUAUAAUGUAAAUGUCUUGCUGUACAGUGGUUAUUUUAACAUGUUUAACACUGUUGUUAAUGGCAUCAUAUGGGAGUUAACAGUAGGACUCUUCAGACAGAAUCUGUCUAAGCAAAGAGCAAAUGUUUUGUACGUGUUUUUUGUUUGGUUUUUUUGUACAAUGAGAGGACCUUCCACUCUGUUUUAAUGUUUGUUUUUUCUAUAUUCCCUACAAAGAGUGAGAGGGACGCAGAAUAAAGAGACACCAGGAAGUAA